AUCUUGGAGAUGGGAGAGGGGAGAGGGCUGUGGUCCUCCUGCUACUACAAACAACAAAACGGGCACAUUAGUCACUUCCAAGUGAAGCUAUCUUCACUGUAACUGUUGGCCAAAGCUACAGAAGAAGUGAGGGUGUCAAAGCCGACCGCAGCGACAUUGAUAGCUUCACCUGCUUGCUGGGGCGGCAGAAGUGAAGGACAGAGGACCAGAAGGAUGGUGCAGUCCUGCUCCGCCUACGGCUGCAAGAACCGUUAUGAUAAGGAUAAACCCGUGUCUUUCCACAAGUUUCCUCUUACUCGACCUAGUCUUUGUAAAAAAUGGGAGGCAGCUGUCAGAAGAAAAAACUUUAAACCCACCAAGUAUAGCAGUAUUUGCUCGGAACACUUUACUCCAGACUGCUUCAAGAGGGAGUGCAACAACAAGUUACUGAAAGAGAAUGCUGUACCCACAAUAUUUCUUUGUACUGAACCACAUGACAAGAAGGACGAUCUUCUGGAGCCCCAAGAACAGCUUCCCCCACCUCCUUUGACACCUCCCAUCUCCCAGGUUGAUGCUGCUAUUGGAUUACUAAUGCCUCCUCUUCAAACCCCUGACAAUCUCUCAGUUUUCUGUGAUCACAACUACACUGUGGAGGACACAAUGCACCAGAGAAAAAGGAUUCAUCAGCUAGAACAACAAGUGGAAAAACUCAGAAAGAAGCUCAAGACCGCACAGCAGCGAUGCAGAAGACAAGAACGACAGCUUGAAAAAUUAAAGGAGGUUGUACACUUCCAGAAAGAGAAAGACGACAUAUCAGAGAGAGGUUAUGUGAUUGUACCAAAUGACUACUUUGAAAUAGUUGAAGUACCAGCAUAAAAAAAAAUUUGUAUUGGUUUUUAAUGGGGCGAUACCACAUACUCUCUUGUAGCCUAUAAAAGAGUUUCAUUUGAAAAAAUGAAACAAUUGUACAAAAACAAUUCAGAAUAUUUUUUUAAAAAAAUAAAUUAGUUAUAUACUGUAAAAUUGUUAAUUUUUUGUUUGUAAUUUCAGGGAUUUUACGUUUUAACAAAAUAUUUUAGAAGUUACAAAUUAACCUCAGAGUUCCAGUGUAAGCUGGUUUCAAGAUUGGGAUUUUUUUGUUUUGUUUUUUUUAAUUUGAGUAUUUACAGAAAUAAUGUAAACAUAAAAAGGAAGCAGAA